AUGGAUGCUUUAUCAGAUAAUGUUCGACUUAAUACAGUUCGAGAAAUGAAGCGUAACUUAAAUUCCAAUAUAAUCAAAGCGAUGAUCAAAGUUUUUCCCGAUGCUCAAAGUAUGAUCGAUGAUUUUCUAGAAGCUGUUCAAAUCAUUGAAUAUAAUAAUGAUCUUGCUUAUUUACGAAACUUUGCACUAAUUCAUGAUACCUCAUUUUUAAAUUAUGAGAAACCAGCAACAGAUUUCAAGCAAUGUGUUUCAAUAUGUUGUUCUUCAGUGUCAUUAUAUGGACAUAAUGAUGAAAAUUUCAAACAUGAAUCCGAUUCUGAAGAUGAAGAUGAAAUUAUAGAUGAACCCCUCAAUCUGGAAUACGAAAGGUCUUUGAAUUCAUCACCUUUGGUUAAUAUUUUUUAUGAUAUUGUUUUUUAA